GCGGCGGAGUCCGCUUCGCGGCGGGGCGGGGACCCGGAGCGGAACGCUACGACGAAAGGGGGCUCGCGGAGCGGGUGCCGGCGGGGUGCAGACGCGCAGGGACCCGGCGGAGAAGCCCGGCGGCCAGAGAAGAUGGUGGAUUCCCUGGCCAACACGGAGAUCAACAGCCAGCGCAUCGCGGCGGUGGAGAGCUGCUUCGGGGCGUCGGGGCAGCCGCUGGCCCUGCCGGGCCGGGUGCUGCUGGGCGAGGGCGUGCUCACCAAGGAGUGCCGCAAGAAGGCCAAGCCGCGCAUCUUCUUCCUGUUCAACGACAUCCUGGUGUAUGGCAGCGUGGUGCUCCCCAAGCGCAAGUACCGCAGCCAGCACGUCAUCCCGCUGGAGGAGGUGACCCUCGAGCCGCUGCCCGAGACACCGCGGGCCAAGAACCGUUGGAUGAUCAAGACGGCCAGGAAGUCCUUCGUGGUAUCGGCCGCCUCCGCCACGGAACGCCAGGAGUGGAUCAGCCACAUCGAGGAGUGCGUGCGGCGGCAGCUGCGAGCCACGGGCCGCCCGCCCAGCACGGAGCACGCGGCGCCCUGGAUCCCCGACAAGGCCACGGACAUCUGCAUGCGCUGCACGCAGACGCGCUUCUCCGCCCUCACGCGGCGCCACCACUGCCGCAAGUGCGGCUUCGUGGUGUGUGCCGAGUGCUCGCGGGAGCGCUUCCUCCUGCCGCGCCUGUCGCCCAAGCCCCUGCGCGUCUGCAGCCUGUGCUACCGCGAGCUGGCCGCCUGCAAGCGGAGGGAGGAGGAGGAGGAGGAGGAGCCGGGCGUGGGGUCCCCCGGGCAGCCAUCCUACCUCUCCGGGGCCGGCACCGGGGCGUCCAGCGGGGACGAGGAGGACUCUGACGAGGACAAGGAGGGCAGUGGGGACGGCGACUGGCCCAGCCGCGUGGAGUUUUACGCCUCGGGCGUCUCCUGGUCAGCCUUCCACAGCUGACCGUGUCUGCGGCCAUGACGGAGGGGCUCCCAGGCCCUUCUGCAUCCAGGCAGACUCCAUGACCCAGGCCCAGGCGAGGGCAGAGGUCCCAGGCUGCCCCCCGGCCCCCAGGACCCUGCCCCCACAGGUGGCAGGUGCAGUGGGAAUGGCUCUUUCUCUCUGGAUCCUAGUGCCUUUGUGCUGGACGUUGGCAUCCUUCUUUUCCACUUCAGGUAAUUCUCCGUCCACCUAGCAAACCCAAAACACUUUGGCCUCUUAGGAACAAAUAGUGCCUUUUCUCAGCCCUAGGAGCUGUAGUCCCAGAUGAUCCCUUGAGCUAGACAACCCGAGGCACCUUUCAGAGGACCAGAGGGAAGAUAGGACUGGAAUGAGGUCCCCUGAGGCCAUGCACCCCAGCACCUGCCCCACAGAAAAGCACACCCCCCAGGGAAGACUGGGAGGGCUGGAAACAAGGUCUGCCCACGCACCUUGCCUGGCUAGCUGGGCCUUCUCAGGCCAGGCAUGUGGGCUCACCUUGAGCCAGACAGACUGCCAUGCUGUGGGUGCCCACCAGGCGUGGGACUGCCGCAUGGCUCCCUGAGGGUCCCAGGCAUGUGCCCGGGCCUCUGGCCCCAUCUCCCUUCUCUCCAGGUGUCUAGGUGUCUGAUGCCCCUCACUCCAGCCCUCAUCUCUCUAUGGCUGAGGAAAGCGGUGAUUUCUGUUAGAACCCUUCACUGCCAGUGAAAGAAACCCCACCCAGACUGACUUAACAAUAAAAAGAACGUUUAUUCA